AUUUGUAUCGGGAUCAACGUUUUGAAAAUGGCAGCGGUCAACCAAACAAAACUAUUUUCCAGUCUUGUGAGAAAUACAGUUCGAGUAACCUUCUGCAAAAGGUGUUUUUCAGUUACAAGACCAGUACAGGAUGGAAAGCCUCUCAUUGGUUUCAUUGGCCUGGGAAACAUGGGAAAUCACAUGGCCCGGAAUUUGGUCAGUAAGGGCUACCCCCUCCUGGUGUACGAUGUUAACACUGCUGCUGUAGACGGACUGAAACAAGCUGGUGCAAAAGUCGCAAGUAACCCAGCUGAGAUAGCCGCCAACACAGACCGAAUAGUCACCAUGCUUCCAGCCAGUCAGCAUGUACAGGAGGUGUACACUGGAAAUAAUGGUAUACUCAGUAAGAUUGUGAAGGGCAGUAUGAUGAUUGACAGCAGUACAAUAGACCCAGCCGUCUCCCAGGACGUAGCCAAAGCAGCGGAGGGCAAGGGAGCGUUCUAUCUGGAUGCUCCGGUCUCUGGGGGGGUGAAUGCUGCCCGCCAGGCUCUUCUUACAUUCAUGGUCGGUGGGCCAGAAUCUAAAUUUCCAGAAGCUCAAGAAAUUUUGCAGAAUAUGGGGAAGAAUGUGGUUCACUGUGGGGCAGUGGGCACAGGACAGGCAGCUAAAAUCUGCAAUAACAUGCUGCUCGGCAUCUCUAUGAUUGGGACGUCAGAAACUAUGAACUUGGGAAUGAAGUUGGGCCUUGAUUCCAAGAUGCUGGCAAAGAUUCUGAACAUGAGCUCUGGUCGCUGCUGGUCCAGUGACACCUAUAAUCCAUGCCCUGGCGUGUUUGAAAACGUUCCCUCCAGUAAUAACUACGAAGGGGGCUUUGGCACAGCUCUUAUGACUAAGGAUUUGGGUCUCGCUAACAAUGCAGCCAAGGAAACAAAUUCAGCAGUCAGUCUGGGACAGAUGGCGCUGGAGAUUUACACCAAAAUGACACAGAAGGGCUACGGAGGGAAAGAUUUCUCUGUCAUCUUCAAAAUCCUCCAAGACGUGUCUGGACCAGAGGUGGAGAAGAAAAAGAAGGAAUUCUUUGAUCAGUGAUUAACCAUUCCCAGAAUGCUGUUAGUGUGUGUAUGUGUGCGAGGCUAUACCAAGAUACAUUUCCUAGCUUGUGUGUUGUAUAUACGCUUUCCAGAGAAAAGGAAAUGUGGUAUUGUAUUCAACAAGAGAAUGUUUGUUUUUUCAUGUACAUGCAGUUUUUGAUAAAGUAAAAUUGUUUACAUCUUGUGAUACAUUUGUAUAUGAAAAAUAAAAUCUGUUUUCUCACUGGUUACUGGGAUGCUGGUUUAGUGUGGGUAAUGCUGUUACUAACCUAUAGUGUUGGAAUGAGAUAUAUGUAAAUACAAUAUACUACAACACACAAACACAUUGCAGGGCUACAACACAAACACAUGGGGCUACAACAGACACAUGCAGGGCUACAACACAGACACAUGCAUGGGGCUACAUAAAACACACUGGGAUACACAGCAAACACACCAAGGCAUACAACAUACUGACUUUGGAGUACAUAACACAACACACUUAUGUAAGUGCAAACAUAAACAGUUCUUUUGUUUAUUUAAUGUUAUUUUGCGACUAAUUACACACUUCAACCUUGCGGUCAGUUUGUAUCGGGACAAAUCAGUCUAUGAACUGUCUCUGUAAUGAUCUAAUGUCUUUCAUUAAUGCACAUGCUGGCAUAAUAAAAUUUGCAGACAAUGCUCAUCCCUUCA